CUCAGCUGGAGCGCGGUGGUUGCUGGGAGCUCGGUUGGCUCGCGGCCUGCUAACGCUGACCGAGACUUCUGCGGCUUUGAUAUCACUGCAUUACUCAGACACAGGACACUGGUUUCUUCAUAUCGAGGAAAACUAAAAUUCAUCCAACAACACUCGGAAUGGGAAAAGAUUAUUAUUCAAUUUUGGGAAUUGAAAAGGGGGCUUCUGAAGAAGAUAUCAAAAAGGCUUACAGAAAACAAGCCCUUAAAUGGCAUCCGGAUAAGAACAAAUCCCCCCACGCAGAGGAAAAAUUCAAAGAGGUUGCAGAAGCCUAUGAAGUGCUGAGUGAUCCCAAAAAGAGAGACAUUUAUGAUCAGUUUGGGGAGGAAGGGUUGAAAGGAGGAGCUGGAGGACCCGAUGGACAGGGUGGCACCUUUCGAUACUCUUUCCAUGGUGACCCACAUGCCACAUUCGCAGCAUUUUUUGGUGGCACAAAUCCUUUUGAGAUCUUCUUUGGGAGAAGAAUGCCUGGUGGCAGAGACACUGAAGACAUGGAAGUGGAUGGAGAUCCUUUUGGAUCCUUCACUAGUUUUAGCAUGAAUGGAUUUCCAAGAGAGAGGAAUACAGUUGGUAGCCAGCCUCGUCGUAAACAAGAUCCCCCAAUUAGCCAUGAACUUAAAGUAUCAUUGGAAGAGAUAUAUCAUGGCUGCACAAAAAGGAUGAGAAUUUCCCGAAAAAGGCUGAACCCAGAUGGCAGAAGUGUCCGAACAGAGGACAAAAUCCUCACCAUUGAGAUCAAGAGAGGGUGGAAAGAAGGUACCAAAAUCACUUUCCCAAAAGAAGGUGAUGAAACACCCAACACUAUCCCAGCCGAUAUUAUUUUUGUCAUUAAAGACAAAAGUCACUCACUCUUCAAGAGAGAUGGUUCAAAUAUUAUCUAUCCUGUUAAAAUCAGUUUGCGGGAGGCUUUAUGUGGCAGCUCGGUCACCGUGCCAACAAUAGAAGGAAGAACCAUACCUAUGACAAUAAAUGAGGUUGUAAAGCCUGGGAUGAGGAGAAGAAUUAUAGGAUAUGGAUUGCCAUUUCCCAAAAAUCCCGACCAACGUGGCGACUUAAUUAUAGAAUUUGAAGUAAAUUUCCCAGACAAUAUACCUCCAGCAUCAAAAGAAGUACUUAGGAGAAAUCUUCCUGUUUCAUAAAGGAAUGGUCUGUGUUAACACUGUUUCAGCAGGACACUGAAAAUGCAGAAGACUGGCAAAUUCAUGCUGUAAAAGUGCAAUCUAUAUCCAUUUGUGGAAUAUUCAUUUUCUUUUUGUGGGGUGGAGGGAGAGAAUACUGUAAUGCUGCAUGAGAAGAGAAUGGUUAAAUACAAGUCACACGGGUGACUCUUGCAGUAAAACAUACAGGGAAAACCACUCACUGUAUAUUACUUUAGAUCUUCCUAAUCAGAGAGUUUAUUCAGUAUUUUGCUUACCUGUAAAAUGUAAUCAUUUUGCAAAAACUCAAUGCACAUAUUUCUAAUAAAGUACUUGAGCAUCCAAGUACUUUAUUUCAUGUAUCUCUAGAUUAUCUAUGUGAUGCUACCCACUAAUAUCAGAAAUCAGAAUUCAUAGUAGAAAUACGCUCAUGUAAUAGCCAGAUAUUUAAAGAGACUAAAGCAUUAACUGACACCAUUUAGAUAUGAAGGCCCACAUGCUACCUUCCAUUUCACAAAGCAAAGGCUAAAUCUGUUUGUAGAGCUUCUGAACCCACAAAAGAGCGUGAGCCUGCUCCCAGCUGCCCCAGAUUUUGUGAGGACUGCCCUGAAGCAUUAGGGGAGAACACAUGGCUCUGGGGAAAGGAGUACAGGUGUAGCCACUCUGUGACAUGCUCCCUUCAGAAAUCCACCUGGGGAAUACUACUAAUCGGUGGUAACACCCAUUCCCUAGGGAUGGAUUUCAGGACAACAUGGUAUUUUGGCUCCAGAAGGAGCCAUGCUGUCAUGGCUACCCAUGGUUGCCCAUGGAACAGUGUAAAUAAAGGCGCUUGGCUUACUCACACAUUUCAAGAUCAUGCAUAUCUCAGGACAUCUGUAGAGUUCAAGGGCUGAACCAUCUACCACUUCCAUAAGAGAGAAGGGACAAAGCCCAGCUCCCAGCUAAAGGAUUCUGAGGAAACUUUUUGGGCCUGAUCCAAAGCUCAUUUAAGCCGAUGGAAGUCUUUCCGUCAAUUCAGUGAGCUUGGAUAAGUUCCUUUGUGAAUAGAAACAUGAGUUACCUAGCCCUUAAGGUGAAAAAACAUAUGUAGGGGAAGGAGAUAGCCCUCACUAAUUGAGUCUAGUAUUAUAACAUGCUAUAGGGCUGGUUCCCUUGGUUGCAGUAUGGUUUUGGUCAUAUAAUUGCCUUGCAGACUUACUUUCAUAACUUAGGUUUUAAAAACGUGCCACAGUGCUUUAAUAAUGACAUUCUUAAGGGAAGAUUUAUUUUUCUUUAUAAGAAGAAAAUACUCUUGUUUGCAGUCAUUCUUUUACCUGUGGAAAUCUACUAGUUACCUGCUCUGGGUAAUUUAGGUUAUAACAGGGUGUUUAGCAACGUCAGAUAAAUGAUUUUCUAUAGAAGGGUGGAUUAUGAGAAUUGGAGUUAAUUUAGUUAGCCUUUUUUUAAUGAGCCCUAGCACAGAAGAAUCCCACUCCAAUUUUUCAAAGGAACGCAUUCCUACAAGAUACUGUCAAUUUUUUAACUACAGUUUCUCUUUCAUACAGUUGACAUGUUUGAUAGUGUAAAUCAUAUUCAUUUGCAGUCCUGAACAAACAGGGAACCUGAACAGUAGCUGGAGUGAUACUACAAAGGGAAAAAAAGUUUUAAAAUUAACUACUACCUACUGCUUAUGCCUAUUGUUAUCCAUAUUGUGUUUAUGCAUUUAAAAGAUUUCCAGUUUCAGUAUGUUCUGUAUGGCAUUUCUCAUGUGUUUUUUAAUAAACUUGUUUUUAACUUUU